UGGAAGAGAUAAUUAGUUAGGGGAAUAGGUUUACAGGCACAGGGGGGAAAAACAGUUCAUGAGCUGCAUAGCACACCCGGUUCUUAGGGCGAGAGAAAAAUUGUUUUGGCUACAGACACUGUUAGGGUGAAUGUCUUAAGGUGAAAUAUUUGUUAAGAGGGAGGACCGACUACCUUUAAAUGUUCUGCUAACCUGUUCUGAAUAAGGGUUUAUUCUUGGAGAGUGGAGUUAGAGAGAACAGGAAGGGGUUAUUGGAAACCUGUUGCUGUGCAGCUGCUUAUGUGACGGUGCAGCUGUGAAUGACAUCUGCCCUCAUCGUGGCACUCAGUCAGCCAGUAGACACCUAACACGGACAAUUUAGGUCAAAAUUACUUCUGUGGUACACGAAGUUCAGAAUUAAUGCUUGGAUUCUACUUGACGCCCUUGAGUCAAAAGGUUAUAGUUAUGACUUGACAUUGGUUGGGUACUGCAAGACUCUCCAAGACACAGAAGGUAAGUUCUGAGACAAAAUUAUCUCCUGUAACCAGGUAGCCGGGGGGAGGGGGCUUGCACGUUGUGUAAGAGCCCCCACCCCCAUCAAAGUUGCCCAUCCCUGUAGAAGAAAGAAGAGGAUUGCAUGUGUUAACUUCAUGCAGGAGAGAGGCAGCCAUGAUGAUACCCAUGAACAGACAGACAGGGAUAGAGAGAGAGGGAGAGAGAGGGACAACGAGGGAGAGAGAGAGAGGGAGAGAGGGAGAGAGAGAGAGAGACACAAACAAACAGUUUGGAGUGAGAUACUCAACAGGAAUAUGUCUCACAUUGUAUCUGUGUAGCAAUAAAAGAUGUGAUCUACAGAACAGCAAGACCUAGUGAAUGCAACAACGCAACAGGCGAAACCAGAAGCCAUGACACAACCCAUGCCAACCAGUCUGAGUGAAACAGCAGACAUGAUAACCCCUGUUGUUCGCGACGUGGAUGAUGGAUACUUUGAUGCCAUACUAGGAGCUGUCAUUGCUGCUGUGGUCCUGGUGCUUCUUUGCUUGGCAGUGGUAGUGAUUCGCUACAUGUACCGGCACAAAGGCACCUACCACACCAAUGAGGCCAAGGGCACCGAGUUUGCCGAAACAGCGGAUGCGGCACUUCGAGGCGACCCGGCUCUGCAGGAUGCCAUGGACGAGAGCAAGAAGGAGUACUUCAUCUGAUCUCAGGAGCGGCACCCCCUGCUGUUUACAAUGAACUUGGUCUGCCAAAAUAAGUGUAUUUUGGGGUUGGAGGAUAGAAAAGCUUGGAGAGGGGGUGAAAAUCGCCUCGUCAUACUGAGGCUCAGAGUGACUGUUCAGACAAUCUACCAAAGAAACAUCAGAUGCAUCUUACAAUAAUAUCAAUUCAGUAUUCUUCCCCCUAUCUGUUUCUCUCUCCAAUAUAUUUGGCAUAUCACCAAGCAUAUAUACUUUUCAAAACACUGACUUUGCUAUUAGGAGGCUAUAUUUUUGUUAUGCAGAAGUGGGGAACAGUGAGGAAAAACGCUUCUUAUGAGGAUCUAAGGCACCCAUAGACACCUCUGCCUUCUGUGGAAAAAGCAAGAGUAUUCUUAGAACACAGAGUUGUAAGUAAUGGACCCUUCUCAAAAAUGUCUAUGAUGAAACUCAAGGAAGUGAAUGGAUGUAGAAUUUCUCUACAAGCUCACAAAACGAACUCUAUUUUCUAAUGGUAUUGAACCCAAAGCAAAAUCAAUUUUGUAAUGAAGAAACCUCUCAAUAAAUAGUAGGAGGAAAAGAUGGAACAAAUUAUGUCGAAGGAAGCGACUUUUACUGUACGAAAUGAGUCACCAAUGGGCCCUUACCAAAAUCCUGAAUAUGUCUGGUUGCUCCCGGAAUUACUUUUCAAGAACUUUUGUUUGGAUUGUGAUUGUCAAUUUGUGAGUGUUCAAGGGAAUGCCUUUAGCAAUGGUUAAUAACUAGUUAAUUACAGAUCCAAAGAGAUAAAGUGAGAGCUGAACAACCUAAAACUGCAGGAAGACCUUGCCGGAUGAGGUUAGUUGUGAAUACCAAAGUGAUGCUCUGUCUUAGACAGGGAGGAUCAGGGUUCAAACAGGUUCCUAAUGACAUUUUCUCACUAGUAGCCGAAAAUCAAUUCCAAGUAUAUUGACAUGCUAUUUGGAUAGCCACAGAAAACCAAACAUAUUGUGGUCUUCCCAUCCUGAUUUGGGCUUAAUAAAUUACACUAACUAAAAGUAUUGUGCGGUUUGUGUCCAUAACAUUUUUAGCAUGAACAUUAUAGACCUGACAUUUUUUGGAUUGAUGCAGAAAUCAAUGAUGACUUUGUGAGCACCAGAGGUUCCUGUAUAAAUGUCUAAGGGUGGAUAAGUGUUGUGAUCUGGUCAAGGCCGUAACCACUAUUUGUGGGUCUAUUUCUUGGAACACUGUAAUGAUGCUUUUUAAAUUGCCUUGCUAAGGAAAAAUAUUGAAGUACAACUCACUCAGCUGUAACUGCACUGCCUCAGUAAAACGAUAACUGCAAUCAUUGGAUAUUGUUUGUGAUGUUCCGCCAGGAUGAUACUAUACAAAAAUGAGAACACCCAAGGAUUUUUUUUUUGUCAAUUAAUUUUAUUGUGGUGGAAAUGGCAACUGAACCCCCCCCAUGCUCCAAAUCUCAUUUCAAUUCCCCAAACCCUUUUUCUCUUCUCUGCUGGCUUUGAUUAAAUGUGAACUUUUCUUUGUCUCCAUGAUUGCCAAGUUCAAAAAGAAUAGAAAGGACCGUUUUCUUGAUUCAAAAAAGAAGGUUUGUUAGAAGGGACAAUGCAAGAUGGCUCCUCUGCAAAUUAUGCUUUGAUAACUAGUGCUGAUGCAAACAAGUAUAAGACACAUACGCAGCAAUGUAAUUAUUCACUCUCCUGAGGGCGGACACUUUUUUUUUUAGAUCACACCUUAAAUGUAGUGUAAGACAAUUGCUACCAAAAUGUAUUUAAUCUCUGCUGAAGAUAACGAAAUUCUCUCCAGCUUGUAAUUUCCUAACACAAGAUAAAAAUGAGAAGACUUGUAGUAAGAGGAUGCAUGGCUAUGCCAAGGCAUAGCACUUAACAGAAGCUGUUCCAGAACUGAAGAUACCUUGAUCCCGGGAUUGUGCAUCAUUUGUUUGCUUUUGGCCCUCUUUGCAAUAGUGCAUGUCAUUGACUUUCACUAUUAGUGUAUUUCAUACAUUAAUAGCAGCUUUCAAACUGAUAGCUCUCUGUAACUACAGUUCAUUUUUGUUUUUUCAUUCUUAACUGACAGGAGACCACUGACAUUGAGAAACAGAGAGGAAAGAUCUGAGCUAGCCUUAGCGGCAGUAAGAAAUACAACUUUACUCUCUGUUUCUUUUGCACUGUGGGAUUACCAGAUUCAAGUGGCAGGAAUUUACUCUUUACGUCCCCUUCACCUUGAAUGUUUUCUUAACUGUUGAAUUAUGCAUGUUCACGCAUUAUUUUGAAGCACAAAUGUUUUAUUUAUUUCCACGAGGUAAAUCCAACUAAAAGCAAAUAAAAGGCAUUCUAAGUCAA